GUUUUUGUUUUUGUCUCUGUACCAUCAUAACCUCUAGGGAAAGCAAUAGCAAAAGAGAGGAUUGAUGGAAGGUGAGAUCAAGAACUUCAUAGUGGUAUGGAUCACAGUCUUGGCAUCUCUAUUCUAUUGUCACACCAUUGGUAAGUUCAUCCCCAAAGGUACAACUAGACUCUUCACACUCCUUCCAAUCAUGUCCCUCUUUCUCUUCCUCCACCUCAAGCUUACCACCAUCCACCUUGGCUCCAUCACCUGUUUCUUCAUAGCAUGGCUUGCCAAUUUCAAGCUCCUCCUCUUUGCCUUUGGUCAAGGCCCCUUAUCAUCACCAUCAUCAUCAUCACCACCCAUCUCAUUCCCAAGAUUUGUCCUCAUAGCUUGUCUACCCAUCAAGAUUCACCACCACCCACCACCACCUCCAAACCUACAAAAACCUUCAAAAAUAGAAAUCAAAGAAUACCCAUCUCAUAAAUCACUCGAAACAGUUCUUCUACAUGCACGGAAUCCGAUCACAGAACCAGACACAACCCGCUCAACUAAGCUGGGAUCCAAAGGGUACCACAAAUCACCUCUAGAUUAUGCUACAAAGGUUGUGUUUAUAGCUAUGCUUCUUCAAGUGUACAAGUAUAAAGAGCAUGUACAUCCCAAGCUCAUCUUGUUGGUUUAUUGCUUCCACGUCUAUGUCUCUCUUGAGCUCUUGCUAGCCCUAAUGACAGUCUUGGCUCGAGCCAUAGGCCAAGUAGAGCUCGAGCCACCCUUCAACGAGCCUUACCGGUCUAGCUCGCUUCAAGACUUCUGGGGAAGAAGGUGGAACCUCAUUGUAGCGAGUAUUCUACGCCCCACCGUAUACGAUCCUGUCAGGCGGAUUUCUGGCCGUCUGAUGGGGAAAAAGUGGGCCUCAGUCAUGGCAAUCAUAGCCACUUUUUCGGUGUCCGGUUUGAUGCAUGAGCUGGUUUUUUACAACAUGGGAAGAGAAAAGCCCACGUGGGAAGUCACGUGGUUCUUUGUCAUUCAUGGGGUGUGUUUGGUAUUGGAAAUUUGGGUGAAAAAGGCAUUAUAUGGGAAGUUCAGGUUGCCGGCGAUCGUGUCGGGGCCGGUGGUGGUGGUGUUUGUAGUGGCCACCGGUUCUUGGCUGUUCAUUCCUGCGUUCUUGCGUUGUCACGCCGAUGUUAGGGUUAGGAGAGAGAUUGCAACAUUUGUAGAGUUUGUGAAGGAAAUUGUUUGGAGUUUUGGAUUUAGAUCUUUCAACGUUGUGAGUGUACCUCAUGGUGAUUAGAUGGCUCAAAUUUCUACUUGUAUUUUUUUUUUUUUUUAUUUUGUAAUGGAAUAAUUGGUAAUUUAAUAUUCUAUUUUGAUUUCAGUAUUGCAUUUUCAAAAAAAAAAUUCAUACGUAGUCAAUGGUUUAUUUUCAUGUACAUCAAGAGAGAGAUAAUGAGGACUUUUUGUUUUCAAUGAGAGAGAUGUACGACGAUAAGGGCAGCUUG